UUCCCCCACCUCCAGAAGUGAUCCUUCCAUCCUUUCGGUGUAUCGAGCUGUUGGCGCAACGUUGCAAGCAGAUCCAGAGUCUGAGUGCUCGCUGCCCCGCCCCUGCGCCUCUUGCCCGGACUGUCGCAGGAACCUCUGUGCUGGUUCCAGCAUCCGCCCUGCCGCCAAGCUCUCUGCUAUAGCCUGGGGAAGCAAUAGAAGAUGGUGAAGUCCUUGGGCCCCUGCACCCACAUGGGAGAACCGGAAGAGGCUCCUGGCUCCUGAUCAGCACAGCUGCAGCCGUUGAGGCCAUCUGGGGAGUGAAGCAUCGGACGGAAGACCUCUCUGUGCCUCUGCUUCUGCCUCUAACUCUGCCGUUCAAAUAAAUAAAUCUUAGGGGAAAAAAGUGACUGGACCUGGAGUCAGCGUGGUGCAGCAGGUUAAGCCGCUGCCUUUGGAGCUGGCAUCCCAUGUGGCUGCUCCACUUCCCAUCCAGCUCCCUGCUCGUGCGCUUGGGAAAGCAGGGAGGGUGGUUCAAGUGCUUGGCGCCCUGCCACCCACAUGGGAGACCCGGAUGAAAUCCCUGGCUCCUCGUUCCCCUCUGGCCCAGCCAUGGCCUCUGGCCAUUUAGAGAGUGAACCAGCAGAUGGAAGAUUGCUGGCUCUCUUUCUGUAACUCUGCCUUUCAAAUAAGGAAAUCUUUAAAUAAAGGGGCCUGCACUGUGCCUUAGCGGGCAAAGCGGCCGCCUGCGAUGCCGGUGUCCCAUACGAUCACCAGUUCUGUUCCCAGCUGCUCCACUUCCGAGCCAGCUCCCUACUAAUGGCCUCGGAAGCAGCAGAGCACGGCCCAAGUGCUCGGGCCCCUGCACCCAAGUGGGAGACCCGGAUGAAGCUCCUGGUUCCUGGCUCCAGCCUGGCCCAGAGCUGGCCAUUGUGGUCAUCUGGGGAGUGAACCGACGGAUGGAAGCUCCGACUCUCCCUCUCUCUUCGCAAUUCUGACUUUCAAAUCAAUCAAUCAAUCAGUCUUUUUAAAAACCAAGUAUGGAAUGGAAGCUGGCAGCACUCAGGCGACUGCAGUCAGGACGGUCCUCUAACAGGAGGGGCCGCCCACCUGUCCUAGAGAAAGACUGCCGAGUUCCGUUUAAAGCCCACAGAGAGGGCGGUCGGAUUAAUCCCUAAGUCCCAGAGUGUAAAAAGUGCGUGCGCCUUUAAAAGGCGGGCUGGAGGGCGGAAGGGCGUGGCCACAAAGGGCAGAAAUUCACGCCCGAACCCAGUGGGUGGAAUGAGAAAAGACACUCCUUCCGGUUACGUAACUGUCAAGAUGGUGGCGCCCAGGGCGCCCCUGCGCCUGGCGGCAGGGGGCGCGAAGGCGUGGCGGCCGCUGCUGCAGCUGCUCACGGAGCACUUCUACGACGUGGAGGCGCUGAGGGAGCGCUGGCUGCAGAAGCGCCUGCGGAAGGUGCACCAGGAGAACCGCUGCUUCACGGCCCUGGAGGAGCGCUACGGCCCGGACGUCGCAGGUGCCGCCUUCGUCCUGAAGCAGGGAGGCGCAGUCAAGUUCCAGGACCAGGAGUGGAUCCGGCCAAACAAGCAGGGCCGUUUCUCCCUCGAGUUCCUGAAGUUCCAGAAUGUUCCUGUGGAGGCUGUGGAUGCCAGUGGCUGUGCCAUCAACUACCACGGCCUGGGCAGCCUCCUGCCCUUGAAGGAGCUCCGGUCGCUGUGGCUGCGGCACUGCCCCCACGUGGACGACUGGUGUCUCAGCCGCCUGCACCCGCUGGCCGGAUCCUUGCAGGAGCUCUCGCUGGCUGGCUGCCCUCGCAUCUCGGAGCGGGGCCUCGCGUGCCUCCACCACCUCCAGAGCCUCUGCUGGCUGGACAUCUCGGACCUGCCUGCUGUGUCCAACCCAGGCCUCACGCGGAUCUUGGUGGAGGAGAUGCUGCCCAGCUGCCAGGUUCUGGGGGCUGACUGGGCGCAGGGCCUGAGCCUGGGGCCUGAGCAGCAGCCGGGGGACACAGCCAGCCCCAGCCCUGCCUAGCCUGCAGCACCGCCCACUCAGCGCACCAGAGCAGGCUGUGGGGGGUGUCUGGUUGGCCUCCCUCAGCCUGGCGGAUCAGCGGGAAGGCAGGCGUGAGGUUGGGAUGUUUGUUCCUGGCUGCCCUCCUUCCCCUGCCAGCUCCUGCAAGGACCCCGAUGGACACAGCAGGCGCUGCCGACACUGUACCUGGGGGGUUGUGCAGUCCUGGGUCCCAGGGCAUUGGCAGUUACUGAGUCGUUCACUUUAAGCUCCCAAUUCAGCUCUGUGACUGUGGGCCUUUGAAAUGUGUGUUGCUUCCUGGCAUGAUGGGUCUUGUCAGUAGAGGGCGCUGGAGGACACGGCGAGCAGUUGGCCUCGCUGUCCCGCCAGGUGCGCCCUGUGCACCUGCGGCUGCCGGGUCCCACAGUGCAGUGGCUUCCCGGGCACCCUGCCCCCAGCUGUGGGAGCUCCGGGCAGCGCCUCCCCGUGACCGCCCCACACCCUGGUGGAUUUCAGGCAAUUCUGAGGCACUGGGCACUGGGCAGCAAAUCUUUACAUUAAACUCUGGUCAGGCUAC